UCUUCAGACUUCUGCUGGGUUUACUAAACCUAAAGCUAAACGUUAAAAAAAGAAUAUAAACUAAUAAACAAAACGAGAAAUCAAGAGAUUAUCGGCUACAAGAAGACUUUAUUCCACAUUUCCGCCGAAUAGUCCAGAGGAAGAACGUCGUCGACUCGGCUGCAGGAUGUGAGGAAACCUCCUCAGAAAACUCUGAAAACUCAUCUGAACUGGAGCUGCUUCGAUGGUGUCGUGUUUCUGAUGUCUUUUACAGAGGAACAGGCGGGACGCCCAGAACAACAUGGCUCUGUUCUUCUCUGGAGCCGUUACAAGUUCUCCAGUGAAAAGGAGGCUGCGCAGCUCUCAGUCCUGUCUGAGCCUGGACCAGUCCCUCCUCUCCCCCGACUCCUCGUACAUCUGCUACUCCUCGGCCGACAGCAGCCGCCCCUGCAGCUGCCGCCGCUCGCCGCGCCUCCUCACCAACGGCUACUACGCCGUGACGGAGGACAGCUUCACGUGGGACGAGGACGGGAACGUGUCGCUGACGCCCUGCAAGGCUAGCGUGUCCUACAAGGAGAACCACGUGAGGGUUUUCCGGCGGCGGCGCAGACCGCGGCGCUCUCUAGUCCGGCUGCUGAGCGACGUGACGGAGAGCUGCCAGUCCUGGUUGGGCCAGAACCUCUUCGGAGGCACGUACAGAACCAACCAGCAGCAGGACCAUGGCAACGACCCAGACCUGGAUCUGGAUCUGGAUCGGGAUAUUAGUUGGUCAUGGAGCGGGAUGUUGGGCUCCGCCCCACCGAACGAGUCUCUAUGGUCAGAACCAAACAGCACCAUGCUGGACGACAGUCGCAGUUUCACCUACGACCUGACAGAAACUCCGCCCCCUCCUGGUAAAGAAGCUCCGCCCCCAAAGUUGCUCAUUCAGGAGGAGAUUUGUUCUGAGAUCAGUCAAUCAAAAGAGCCGUUCAGCCAAUCUCUGGUCGGACUCGCCGAGGUCCCGCCUCCUCUUUCCUUCUGCAACACCUGCUGCUGUCAGGCAGCACCUGAGCCCAUAGGGCUAACCAUGACAGCCUUCCUCCUGCUCGUCUUCCUCGUCUUCAUCUUCACGGCUCUGUUCUCGAGGUGUCUGUGGGUCAGCAGCGCCGUGGCGUCCAUCGUCUUCAUGAGCGCGGCCGCCUUUAUGCUCCUGACAAAGUCCGGGCCGAUGGGCGAGUGGAGGAGGGCAAAGACGGAGGACAUCACAUCCAGGAACGAGUGAGGAGAGACUCCUGCUCAUCUGCAGAGAGCAGAAACGCUCUGACCAGACUUCACAGAGGAGGAUGAGGAGUUGUUGUCUCACUUGUUGUUUGCAUGUAAGUUGCACUUAAAGGGCAACAAAGUUCUGGAAGCACGAGAGCUUUUCACCUCGAUCAGGGUCCAGACGUGGACGGUGAGGAGAAGCAGGAAUCCAAAUGAGUUCAGACGCAGCAGGAGCUCAGUUACUGUAUUUAAGCAUCUCAGAGAAGCUUGUAUCUUACGUACCCAAUGCAUCUUCUGGGGUCCGGGUUUGAACGAGGCUUUUUGGGCGUCCAAAGUGACCAAACUUCAGGGAAACAUUGGCUCAGCCUGCUUUCCAAUCUGAGCUGAGACUUUUUCUAGAAACCAAACGCACAAAAAUGUCCUGGAUGUUACUUGCUUUCCCAAACAAGACCUUUCCUUCUAAUUAAAAAAAAAUCACAAUCAAAAUGAUGAAGAUUGUAUUUCAGAAUAAAAGAAACAAAAGUGCCAGACUAACUAAAACAGAACAGGACAUUUUUACUCCAGUUUUAUUUCAACAAGAAAAAAAACAGUCCUGGUCUCUGUUUUAAAAAAGCAUCCUGAUCAUGUGUGCGUUGAGCAGCUAAAGAUUUAACGUCUGCUUCACAGAACAGAGACUCACCUCUGUUAGUGUCUGACAACCAAUACUAACAAAAAGAAAAAAGUACAGUAGAUUUAAAACUACAGUCAUGUGCAGAAGAACGUCCCUGAAACAUUUAAUCAUGUUUACCAUUGUUACCUUCAAGCUUUUGGAGUGUUUUUCUUAGCUUUUAUUUUGAAACAAUGCAAUUCUGGUGGGAGCAAAAACUUCUGAAAAAAAAAUAACAGAACAAGUUCAUGAAAGAUGUGAAAGAAGCAUUCUCCUUGGACAAUUUCUUUUUUUUUUACAUGUUUUUUAUAAGGAAAUCAUGUUGGAGCCUCAAUAUGUUGAGAAUUUUUCUAAAAAAAGCAGCUCAGGUUUCUGUGUUGACUUGCUUCAACUCCUCUUCCUGUUUGUGUUUUUGUCCAUUUAGACUAGAAAAGCAUUACAAUAUUUAACUCUUCAAGCUCCAGAAUCAUUUUUCUCAAUAUCAGGCAAGUUUGACCUAUAUUUAUUAAGAAAAAUGAGCUAAUUGUUUAAGAUAUUGCAUAAAAUGCAUCAAAUCUGCAGCUUAUGGAGUUAAAGAUAAUUUAAAGUGCCAAAUGUCUUUCAUACUGCGUUACAUCUUUAGUUAAAGAAAAUUACAUUUUCUGAUAAUAAUGGAUUCAUUUUUAAGUUGCAUAUACUAACAUCCAUAUAAUCAUCUAUUUUCUGCAUCGUGUUUGUUUUUAAAAAACAUUUUUAACUGUCAGAUUUGGUGUAACCUGCUGCCCCCCGGUGGCCUGAAUCCAGCAUUGCAGUUUUCAAUAUGAAAAUUGAUAUUUAAAGGAAAAAUAGAGAUGAACAAAAUGUGUUUGGGAAAAAAGCUGCCAGAAAUAGUUGAAAAUGUUUUUAAAAGAUUUUUUAAUCUCUUGCUUUCAUGUGUAGCACUGAAUAACCUUUUAUUUGUUAUUGACUGCACUUGUUUCCAAAGUUGGAAAUGUGAGACUCUACUAUAGUGGCACUAAAAAUUGUUAUUGUUAUUUUGAUUUUUUUUUUAAAUAAUGUUAGGUAUGAAUCCUACAGUUAAAUGUUUAACAAAAAGCUAUCAGGACUAAAAAGGGUAGAUUUAAAUAAAAAUGUUGUCGGGCCGAUCACUGCAUGGCAGUGAGGAAAUGGCGUGUUUGAGGAGUUUAAAAUUUUAAGCACUUGCAGCUUAUAUAUAUAUGUGUGUCAGCAAACAUUUAAGUACUUUAAGUGAACAUUUAAGCAAAUAAACUCAUUUAUGAAGACAAA